CGUCGAGUUUGACGCCUUUUGUUGAAGACAAUUAGGUUACCUCGGAAUUGUCCAACAAAUCUGAAAAAAUUGUUAUCUUAGGCAUAAUAAUUAAUAAAUCAUUCAUAGUCAAAGAUAGCUCUUUUUCUCCGUCGCCGGCCGCCGUCUCUAGUGGUGUUUUCCGACACCUCCAUAGCAGAGAGAGAAAGAAGAAAAAGCAAUUACUUAAAUAAUAAUAGUUUUCUGUCAAGAUUUAUGCUUUAUUCUGUUGUAAUUUUAGCAUAAUUGAUUGUUAUAUGAAAUAGAAGUUUGCUUAGUGGAGGGUUAUAGGCAUGGAUAAAGUGUACAAUAAGAUCCGGAUUUUGGAUGCAUACCCGAAAAUCAAUGAGGAUUUCUACAGCCGUACAUUCUCCGGUGGUGUUAUCACGCUUGUCUCCUCAAUUUUCAUCUUCGUGCUAUUCUUCUCCGAGCUGAGAUUGUACCUUCACACAGUUACAAAUACAAAGCUCGUAGUAGACACAUCUAGAGGAGGAAAACUGCAUAUCAAUUUUGAUGUCACUUUUCCUGCCGUUCCUUGUACAUUACUCAGUCUUGAUGCCAUGGAUAUAAGUGGGGAACAACAUCUUGACAUAAGACAUGACAUAUUCAAGAAAAGAAUCGAUUCCCAUGGAAAUGUAAUUGAAGUCAGAAAAGAUGGAAUUGGCGCGCCGAAGAUCGAGAAGCCUUUACAAAGACAUGGUGGCAGGCUUGAGCACAAUGAGACAUACUGCGGUUCAUGCUAUGGUGCUGAAAUGUCAGAUGAUCAGUGUUGUAAUUCAUGUGAAGAGGUUCGUGAUGCGUAUCAAAAGAGAGGCUGGGGGAUGACAAACCUAGAAUUAAUUGAUCAGUGUAAAAGAGAAGGUUUCAUCCAAAAAGUUCAAGAUGAAAUGGGUGAAGGAUGCAAUAUCCAUGGAUCUCUGGAGGUUAACAAAGUGGCUGGAAAUUUUCACUUUGUCCCGGGCAAAAGUUUCCAUCAAUCGAGUUUCCACUUGCUUGAUUUGCUUGCUCUCCAAACAGAAAGUCAUAAUAUAAGCCACAAGAUUAACAAGCUAACAUUUGGAGAUUCAAUUCCUAGACUUGUAAAUCCGCUAGAUGGGGUUCAAUGGGUGCAAGAAACACCAAAUGGAGCAUAUCAGUAUUUUCUCAAGGUGGUACCAACCAUAUACACUGACAUUAGAGGCCGUACAAUUCAGUCAAAUCAGUUUUCUGUGACUGAGCAUUAUAAGGGUGCAGAAGCAGAUCGCUUCCGAUCUAUUCCUGGAGUUUUCUUCUUUUAUGACAUUAAUCCUAUUAAGGUGACAGUCACGGAGGAGCACGAGCCAUUCUUACACUUCCUGACAAAUAUUUGUGCUGUAGUUGGAGGUGUAUUCACAGUUGCUGGAAUAGUGGAUUCAUUCGUAUACCACGGUCAGAAGGCAUUAAGGAAAAGGAAAAUGGGCAAGUUCAGCUAAUGUAUUGAAUCAUUAUUGAAUAUGCACCACUAUCCUUGUUGACCUCGCCCCUGAAGCUGAAAAUGCUGCUACUUGGGUAAUGUCUGGUACUAUAAUUUAGUUUGAUUAGUCAUGCUACUGGCAAAGCUUAAAACUUUGCUCAUUUUACUCAAGUUUUGGCACCUGCAAUCUCGUUAAUAUUGUACUUUGUGGAUAGAUGUUUUACUUUCUGGAAGUAGACAUUUUCAUUUGAGCUGUGUACUUCACAGCAUUGCCAAAAUGUGGAGUCAGGCAUAUUUUAUUUUGGAAUUAUGUGCUCAAGUAUUUGAACAAGAGUACUACAUUCAUUUGUGGAAGGAGUUGGUAGAUUUUGAUGA